UUUAAUUCUGCUUGUCACACUCCUACUUCAACACAGAGGAAAUUAAGAAUUAAUUUUAUAAUGCUUUAUCAGUCCAAGUAAUCCUUAUUUUAAAUAAAAACGCAAAAGUAAUCGAUUGGUUUUGGAAAUAUCUCAGUAACAAAGAAUGCCAGAGCUGAAAUUAAUAAAUUAAUUAAUUCUUAGAUUAAUAAACUGAUCCAAUAAAGAACACUUGAAAAACUAACUGUCAUUUUAUGCUAUGUUAUGCAUGGGACUAACACAUAUCACUUAGUCUCACCAUAUAUAAGUCACUGAGACUUUGUAUAUUUAGUUUGGAGAAAAAUCACCAUGGACGAGUUUUACGUGUUGAAUUUUCUUUUUAUCAAUGUUAUAACAUCUGUUGCUGACAUGCAGUUAAUGUUUUUCGACGUUUACAAAAAUCAGAAAAUUUCAUCAAACAAUCAAAUGCACAGGACAUUUUAUUUAAGUUCUAAAGAAGAAUGUGCGAUCUUAUGUUUAAACACUUUGACAUGCUGGUCUGCGAGCUAUCGCAGUAGUACGGGAGAAUGUGAACCAACAAGUAGGAGUGCAAGAUCUGAACCAAACACUACACAAUACGACCCUGAGUGGAUAAUUAUAAACAGAAACGUCGAGUGUUAUGACAAAUGGAUACCAGACGGGGAUAGCUGCUAUUUGGUUAGUGACGUCGGUGUGACAUGGAAAGAAGCCGAGGAACACUGUCAUCGUUAUGCCAGUAGUUUAGUAGAAGUACCCGACACAAACAAGUCAGAUGCUUUAAAAUCCUUGCUGGAAAGCCAAUACACGAACCAUACAACAGUCGAUAAAUUCUUUUGGAUUGGAGGUUAUGGACACGAUGGUGAUUUCAUAUGGAAGUCUACUGGAUCCCUUAUCACUUUCCAAAACUGGAAUAAAGGGAACACAUUACCAGUUCCUGGUGGAAAUUAUGGAGAAUUGUGUUUAGAAAUGGUUCAGAGUAGUGAUUUUAAAUGGAACUAUGCUCUCUGUAAUGUCACUAACCCGUUUGUGUGUGAACGCAAAAAGAACUGACAACCUUCAUUGAGUUAUCCCUUCACUGACGACAGUAUAAUACAUACUCUUAUUUAUUCAUUGAGUUAGAGACUGGGUGCUCUUCAUAAUGAACGAGGACAAAAGUUUGUCUGAAUCGUGAACCGAAUAUAAUAAACAUUUUAAGUUGUAGUAUUUUAAGAUGUAUUGAAAUUAUCAUUAAAUACGUUCAUCUUUGAUUCAAAUUGCAUUAUAAACAUGAUAUCAAGUGUAC